AUGUUUGCCCCGGGGGACCCUGAGAGUCCCUACAGCUGGUCCCGCUUAAAGAGGCGGUACAUCACAGCCAUAUCUGGGCUCUUGUCUAUCAAUGCGACAUUCGCAAGUUCUAUACCUGCUGGCAUCGUCCUCCAGAUGGAAGAGAAGUUUGGCUUCGGCAGCGAGGUCGCGACGCUCACGAUUUCGAUCUUCGUCGCCGGCUACUGUGUCUGUCCGCUUCUCUGGGGGCCACUGCCUGAGCGGUACGGCCGCAGGGGUCCGCUCAUAAUCUCUUUCAACACGGCAAGCAUCGUCGUCUUCCGCUUCCUCAGCCGAAACUUCGCCGCGUCUGGUCUCAUCGUCAGCACCACCGUGAUAGCUGACAUCUUGGAUGCGAGGGCUAGGGGGAAGGCCUUCUCUGUCAUCACCUUGGCUCCGUCUGCUGGGCCGUCCCUGGCACCCAUAGUCAGCGGCUUCAUUGCAAAGGAGUCCGUACAGAAGACCGUUGGAACGCCUUUUGCCCUGAUGACCAGAGAGCCUAUACUCGUCGCCCUGACGAUCUACAUGAGCGCAUUUGUCUAUCUCCUCUUCGAGGCCUACCCAAUCGUCUUUGCCAUCGGACACCACAUGAACGCAGGGAUCUUGGGACUCAUGUUCCUCCCCAUCUUCCUCGGGGGCACGUUCGUCGUCCUCAGCUACCUGAUGUUGUGGAAACCACGCUACGAGCGACUCGCAGUACAGCACGCCCCGAGCCCCGUCCGGCCCGAGUUCCACCUCGAGCAGGCGAUAUGUGUCGCGCCGCUCUUCGCGACCGCCUUCUUCUGGUUCGGCUGGACGUCGUACCCGCACAUUUAUCUCUCCUUCGCCGCGUCCGCGCUCGCCGCCAACACCGUCGUCCGCUCCCUCUUCGGCGCGGGCUUCCCGCUCUUCGCGACCCAGAUGUACGACGCGCUCGACCCGCGCUGGGCGUCGACCCUCCUCGGCUUCGUCGCCCUCGCCCUGAUGCCCAUCCCGUUUGUGCUAUUCCGCUUCGGCCCCGCGCUGGGCGAGCGGUCGCGGUAUGCGCCGAAACAACCCUCAAUGGCUGCAAAGCCCGCGACGGGACCUCGGGCUGUUUAA